GCUGCGCUGCGGGCGGUGCCGGGCAGGCCGCAGCGAUGGCGGCGGUGUAGCUGUGAGCGGGCGGCGCGGGGCAAUCAUGAUCAUCGAGAGUGUGGACGCGCUCAAGUCCUGGCUGGCCAAGCUGUUGGAGCCCAUAUGUGACGCAGACCCCUCAGCCUUGGCCAACUAUGUGGUGGCGUUAGUGAAGAAAGACAAGCCCGAGAAGGAGCUGAAAGCUUUCUGUGCUGACCAGCUGGAUGUCUUUCUGCAGAAAGAAACUUCAGGAUUUGUAGAUAAACUUUUUGAAAGUUUGUACACCAAGAGUUACCUUCCUUCUGCUGAGCCCACAAAGGCAGAGGCGAAGYCUGGAGGGCAAGAGAAAGAAGAAGUCAAGGAGGAGUUGAGUGUUAAACAGAAUUUUCAAGAAUCAGUUGAAGAAGAGCGGGAGAGCAGGAAGAAGAAGUAUUCCAGUCCGCAGAGGAGCCGUGCAGAUUCCAGUGAGCAAAGRUCGAGAGACAAGAAGCGGGAUGACGGGAAAUGGAGGGACUAUGAUAGGUACUAUGAYAGGAGUGACUUGUACAGGGAGAAGUCGAGCUGGCGCCGGGGCAGGAGUAAAAGCCGCAGCAARAGCCGAGGGUUGAGUCGGAGCCGCAGCCGCAGCCGAGGCCGGAGCAAAGACCGGGAUGGCAGCAGGAGUGGGCUAGUUCAGGUCUGUCGGAAAAGUAAGUGGCACAGAUUACAGCAUUCCACGCACGUUGAGACCGCAUUAGUUAAGGGCAGAGAGCACCGAGAGAGAGAGAGAUCAAAAUACAAGAGUGAAAAAAAUGAUGUGGAAGGCUCAUACAAUCCAGUGUCCGCAUCUCCCAGUAAAUCCUCUGAACAGUAUUCCUCUGCACAAGCUAUUCCCAGUGCUGUAACUGUAGUUGCACCUGCACACCACCUUGAGAGCACCACGGAGAGCUGGUCAAAUUACUUCAACAAUCACAGCAAUCCCAGUUCAUUUGGCAGAAACCCUCCUCCUAAAAGAAGAUGUCAAGAUUAUGAUGAGCGAGGCUAUUGUGUCCUUGGCGAUCUGUGCCAGUUUGAUCACGGAAAUGACCCUCUGGUAGUGGACGAGGUUUCCUUGCCCAGUAUGAUCCCGUUCCCGCCGCCACCGCCAGGGCUGCCCCCGCCGCCGGGGAUGCUGCUGCCGCCGCUGCCGGGGCCGGUGCGGGGGCUGAGACUGCCGGUGCCACAGCCCCACCCGCAGCCCCCGCCGCCCGUGGUGCUGCCCGUCCCGCGACCACCUUUAACCCAGUCCAGCUUGAUAAACAAUCGUGACCAGCCGGGGACCAGCGCAGUGCCCAGUCUGGCACCGGUGGGAGCAAGGCUGCCUCCUCCUCUGCCCCAGAACCUGCUCUAUACAGUGUCAGAACAUACAUAUGAGCCAGAUGGCUAUAACCCUGAAGCUCCUAGUAUUACCAGUGCUGGUAGAUCUCAGUAUCGGCAAUUCUUUACAAGAGCACAAAUGCAGCGUCCAAAUCUAAUUGGCCUAACAUCUGGGGAGAUGGAUACAAACCCUCGAGCUGCCAACAUCAUCAUCCAAACUGAACCUCCCAUUCCCAUUACAAAUAACAGCAGCAAUGUCACUCGAGUUGUCCUGGAACCAGACAGCAGGAAGAGAUCUCCAAGCAGCAUGGAAUGUCCCCCGUUGAAGAAACCCUGGCUGGGAAAGCAAGUAAAUAACAACCAAAAUAAGCCAGGAUUUUUGAAAAAGAAUCAAUAUACUAAUACAAAAUUAGAAGUUCGAAAAAUUCCACCAGAACUGAACAAUAUUACACAGCUCAACGAACACUUCAGCAAAUUUGGAACUAUUGUAAACAUUCAGGUCGCUUUCCAGAACGAUCCGGAAGCUGCUCUCAUUCAGUACUUGAGUAACGACGAGGCAAGGAAGGCCAUUUCCAGCACGGAGGCAGUGCUGAGCAAUCGCUUUAUCCGGGUGCUGUGGCACAGGGAGAGUGAGCAGCAGCCCCCAGUGCUGCAGCAGCAGCCACCCCCCAGCCCGCAGAGCCUGCAGCACCUGCAGCAGCAGGGCCUGGGCACAGCRCCCACCGGCACCGGGCACAGCGGCCUGGCCAAGGUGAUGAACAAACCCCUGGCAUCUGGGGCCUACGUCCUUAACAAAGUGCCGGUGAAACGGCGCCUUGGAGCAGCGGGGGGGAGCCAGCCUGAGCUGAGCCAGCCUGGGGCUGCCGUGGAGGACUCUCAGAUAUUUCCGACUCCUACAAGCCACUCAAAAAUGGUUUACAGCUCUCCAAACUUGAAAACAACUCUGAAGUCUGGUGCAGGGUCUAAACCUCAYGAUGUGCAAGAAGCCCUUAAAAAAAAACAGGAGGCAAUAAAGCUCCAGCAAGAUAUGAGGAAAAAGAAACAGGAGAUGUUAGAAAAACAAAUAGAAUGCCAGAAGAUGUUGAUAUCCAAGCUGGAGAAAAACAAGGCCAUGAAACCAGAAGAGAGAGCAGAAAUUAUGAAGACUUUAAAAGAACUAACAGGAAAAAUAUCUCAGUUAAAGGAUGAAUUAAAAACUUCAUCUACAACCUCUACACCAUCCAAAUUGAAGUCCAAGACAGAGGCACAGAAGGAACUGUUGGAUGCAGAGCUGGACUUCCAUAAGAGACUGUCCUCUGGAGAGGACACGACUGAGCUGCGGAARAAGCUCAAUCAGUUACAGGUGGAGGUGAGCUGGUUUGUGCUGAUGCUGUUGAUGAAUUUGGCAGUUCUGAGUGUUSCAGGUCCCCUCACCGUGGGGAUGGCUGUGUUCUCUCCCCAGGCUGCUCGGUUAGGAAUUUUGCCCGUGGGCAGAGGAAAGGCCGUGGCAGCCCAAGGACGAGGCCGGGGCCGGGGCCGCGGGGGCCGAGGCCGGGGGAUGUUGAACCACAUGGUGGUGGAUCAUCGGCCCAAAGCRCUCGCCGUGGGAGGCUUCAUUGAGGAGGAAAAGGAUGAAUUGUUACAGCACUUCUCUAAAUUUGGAGAUAUUGAAGACCUUCAAGAAGAGGACUCCCCAUUAAGUGUUGUUGUAACUUUCAAGUCCCGCUCAGAAGCUGAGAAUGCUGCUAACCAGGGCUCCCGCUUCAAGGACCGACGGCUCCAGAUCUCGUGGCACAAACCCAAGGUACCUUCUGUGUCCACAGAGGUCGAGGAAGAGGAGUCCAAGGAAGAGGAGACAGAAACCUCAGAUUUAUUUUUGCACGAAGAUGAUGACGAUGAUGAUGAAGAUGAGGAUGAAUCCCGUUCUUGGAGAAGAUGAAAUUUGAUGUUGGAAAUGUGUAAUUUUAGGAAUAUAGUUCAAACUACAUCUUUUAAACGUUUAUUUAAGGAAGUUGAUGAGCCAAAAAAGCUUUACUUUCUUUUCAAACUGCAAGAUUUACCAUGAGCAGUUGGUAUGRAAACAUUUGGGGCACAGAGCUGUGAGACUGAGCUAGCCAAAGGCCCAGGAACUUCUUACAGGAUUAUCAAGUUCACCAGGAUGGUGAUUUUUUUUCUAUUUAAGAAGGAUAAAAAAGGGGAGGGAGGGGGGGAGCGUGGAAAUUAGUAUUUUCUUGUCCUCUCUUUGUGUCACCUGUAUUACCUUGUUUUGGGUUUUUUAURAUGUGAUUGGUUUGUUAGUUUAUAAUUGGAAAGAUAUUACAGGUUUUAUUUAGCAAUAUUACAGAGUUAGGGGAAAGAUAAACUUUCAUUAAAUAUUAUGAAAGAAAAACUGGCCUCAUUUGCUCGUUGAAAAAAGGUAGCAUUUUAUUUCCUGUGGAGUCUCUUAUUGUAGGAAUUAUUCGUGGCUAGAUUCUUAAAUCAUUUACUGCAGUGUGUUUGACAGCCACACAGUCUCUAUGUUGUGCUGCUUUUUGUGAGAGGAGGUGGAAGGAACAAUUUAACAAGGCAUUGUUAUAACAUUGUCCAGCUCUCUCUGUUUCUCCAAAUUCUGCUUCACAGAAAACAUCAGCAGGGACACACACUGGAGUGAAUUUUCACUCCUUGAUUUCCUUCUGUCAUUUCAGUGUAAGGCUCAGUGUAAGUCAGACUGUUUAUUGCAUUUAAGUAUUUGUGAGCAAGAAUGGAAGGAGUUGCAGACUUUCUCCAAAGCACCUGACCUGGCCCCUGUGUAGGAGCAGCUGUCCCCUCUGUUCCCAGCUGGGCUGCAGUGUCAGAGCCCUGCAGUG